AUGAUAUGUUUCAUCCUUCCUGUUAAAACAGCAAAGAAAACACAAAUCAUGCACGAGCAUCUCUCUAACCUGUUCAAAGAACACACAAGCGUAUCGCAACAGCUUGCAUCCUUGAAGGCAAAGUCAAAAGACGCGAGAAUUAAUAAUGCAGUGCAAGAACACCUGAGGAAAGAUGAUUUACGACAGAUACUGGUGCUGUACAGAGAUAUACCAGACACGGCAACUAAAAAAAUGGCAGAAAAGUAUGUCACCGAUCAACUAGAGCAUUUCAUUGAAAAAAAUGAUAUUUUAAUGAUUAAGACGGUGGCUAAGGGAAUACCUGUCGAUUCGCAGUUGCACACACGGCUCAAGAACCGUAUAAAUGAGUACUUGUUGGACAUAAGCAAGAGAAUCGACUCGUCAUUCAAUUUCAUAAAGAUAUCGCACGAUAUGAACUUGAGUUUGGCACUGAACACGUUGCUCGCAUUCUUUAACACGUGUUAUACAGAUUUGGCAGAAAUGGACGGUUGGAUCAGGGAGUGCAACAGUAUUAUCGGCAUGUUGCACCACAGGAAAUACGGGCAGAUCCUGAGUGCCCGUUCUUUUAAGUACCGUGACAAAAUUCUUACCUUCUUAGAAAUAGCGGUUCGCUCACCACGGGUGACUGAUGAGCAUAUUGGUGCAUGUGUCCAGCACAGUACUAAAAAUGAACAAGACGGUACAACUGGUUCACGUGAGCUGCGGAAUCUCUCGGUGCUAAAAGCAAUUUAUAAAGAAAGAGAACUUAAGUAUUUUGCUGGGUGUCUGUGCGGUGCUCUUGUCAGCAAUAGAAAGGGCAGAGAGGAGUUGAAAUACCUGAUAAACAAAAUAGCGAAGCGGUCCAUGAGAAUAAACGUCACGAUACAAAAGGAGAUGAGACAUAUAAUAAAGGAACAAGCUCUGGAGAAUGAAAAGGAGUUCGUUUUCUUGCUCUGAUAGACCGCAGGUUAAGACCGUAUUAGUAACCAAUUCGGGUGCUGUGGUUUUGUACUAGAACAGAUUUUAUGGACAGUUUAUGCUUAUGUUUCAUAAGAUAUGAGUGUUUUAUUCGUUUUGAUUGCUUUUGCGGUGAUUUUCUUCAGGUUGAAUAGAGAGCAAGUAAAUUUACCGCAUUCAGCACUAAAACGGUGAGUAAGUAAAUUCA